UCUUGGGGAGACGUGGCUGUAAAGAGACUGCUGUUGGGGAGGUCUCUGUGCCUGAGCAUCUCCAGUCUUUUUCCCCUCUCGGUGAUCAGUGAUGGUUGAGUCCAGCUCCUUCUGCUGCUAAGCACUCCAGUCUGUCUGCUUUGCUCUCGCUCCCUCUUUCCCCCUCUCGCACUCCCUCUCUCUCUCUCUCUGGUCCCCAGCCACAGCUAGUCCUUCUUCCUGCUCCUUGGAUAAGCUCGCCGCUCUCUUACCCUGUCGCUGUCCGUUCAGCACCACCUCGCUCACUCGCUGCCUUUCACCCUUAGGAUCUAGAAAGGCAUUCUCUACAAUCUUGCAGAUCUACCAGUCCUGAUCCCUGCAGUGGCUUCAGGCUGUGCAUGAUGACAUGAGAGCCAACAGCGAUUAUCGCCAAGUGCAAGCGGCGUCAGACCUGUUUUUGGAACCUGGAGCACUACUAUAUCUUCUGGCUAUUCUGCGCCCCCGUGGCUUGCAUUAGUGAGAUUUACAGAAGACGGUCAAAAUAGCUUCAUCAAAGCCGUUGACUGUGUGGAUUAAAUAGAGACAUGACUGGGUUGGAGAAAUUCAAGUAUCUGCUUUUGGUCUGUAUGGUCUUUCUCACUGCAGCUAAGGGUCAAAAUUGUGGAGGUUUAGUACAGGGUCCAAAUGGCACAAUAGAAAGCCCUGGAUUUCCGCAUGGGUAUCCAAACUAUGCUAACUGUACCUGGAUAAUAAUUACUGGGGAACGAAACAGGAUACAACUAUCAUUUCACAUCUUCGCACUUGAGGAGGAUUUUGAUAUUUUAUCAGUUUUUGAUGGACAACCACAACAAGGAAAUUUAAAAGUCAGAUUAUCUGGAUUUCAAUUGCCAUCUUCCAUAGUAAGCACCGGAUCCAUUCUCACUCUCUGGUUUACUACAGAUUUUGCUGUCAGUGCUCAAGGGUUUAAAGCAGUUUAUGAAGUGCUGCCAAGCCAUACUUGUGGAAAUCCUGGAGAAAUACCAAAAGGUAUACUACAUGGGACACGAUUCAACAUUGGAGACAAAAUCCGAUACAACUGUGUAAAUGGAUAUAUUCUUGAAGGACAUUCUACAUUAACAUGUAUUGUAAGCCCAGGAAAUGGUGCUUCUUGGGACUUCCCAUCUCCUUUUUGUAGAGCUGAAGGAGCAUGUGGAGGAACGUUACGAGGAACAAGUGGAGUUAUUUCAAGUCCCCAUUUUCCAUCAGAAUAUGAAAAUAAUGCUGAUUGCACAUGGACCAUCCUUGCUGAACCUGGAGAUACCAUAGCUCUAAUCUUCACUGACUUUCAAAUGGAAGAAGGAUAUGAUUUUCUAGAAAUAAGUGGAACUGACGCCCCUUCAAUAUGGCUAACUGGAAUGAACCUACCCUCUCCUGUCAUAAGCAAUAAAAACUGGCUCCGUCUCCAUUUUACAUCUGACAGUAACCACAGACGGAAAGGAUUUAAUGCCCAGUUUCAAGUUAAAAAAGCGAUUGAACUCAAAUCUCGUGGUGUGAAGAUGUUACCCAGCAAAGAAAGUAACCACAAAAAUUCAGUCUUAAGUCAAGGUGGUGUACCAAUGGCAACUGACAUGUGUCCUGAUCCUGGAAUACCUGAAUAUGGUAAAAGAACAGGAUUCGAUUUCAGAGUGGGUGCCAGUGUCCAAUUCUCCUGCGAUGAUAAUUAUGUGCUACAGGGCUCCAAGAGUAUUACUUGUCAGAGAGUAACUGACACACUUGCUGCUUGGAGUGAUCAUAGACCAAUCUGUCGAGCAAGAACAUGUGGUUCAAACCUUCAAGGACCAGUUGGAAUAAUCACAUCACCAAAUUAUCCUGUUCAGUAUGAAGACAAUGCACAUUGUGUUUGGGUGAUUACAAGUGUGGAUACAGAAAAGGUAAUCAAGCUUUCGUUCGAAGUAUUUGAGCUUGAAAGAGGAUAUGAUACAUUAACCAUUGGAGAUGGUGGAAAAGUUGGUGACACAAGAUCAGUAUUGUAUGUACUCACAGGUUCAAGUGUACCUGAUCUCAUUGUCAGUAUGAGUAAUCAAAUGUGGCUCCAUUUGCAAUCAGAUGACAGCAUUGGCUCACCAGGAUUUAAGGCUGUUUACCAAGAAAUAGAAAAAGGUGGCUGUGGAGACCCAGGCAUUCCAGUGUAUGGAAAACGAAAUGGUAGCAGUUUUCUACAUGGAGACAUUCUCACAUUUGAAUGCCAAUCAGCUUUUGAACUUGUGGGAGAAAAAACAAUAACAUGCCAACAAAAUAAUCAGUGGUCUGGAAAUAAGCCGAGCUGUGUGUUUUCAUGUUUCUUUAAUUUUACUGCACCUUCUGGGAUUGUUCUCUCACCAAAUUAUCCAGAAGAGUAUGGAAACAAUAUGAACUGUAUAUGGUUAAUAAUCUCUGAGCCUGGAAGCCGUAUUCAUUUGAUUUUCAAUGAUUUCGACAUAGAGCCUCAAUUUGAUUAUGUUGCUGUCAAAGAUGAAGGUAUUUCUGAAUUACCAGCUCUUGGGACGUUUUCUGGAAAUGAAGUUCCUUCUCAAAUUGCAAGUAACAGCCACAUUGUGCGCCUAGAGUUCCAGUCUGACCACUCAACCACUGGAAGAGGCUUUAAUAUCACCUAUACAACUUUUGGUCAAAAUGAAUGUCAUGAUCCUGGAAUCCCUAUGAAUGGAAAACGUUUUGGGGACAGAUUUUUACUUGGAAGCACUGUGUCUUUUCAUUGUGAUGAAGGAUUUAUUAAAACUCAAGGAUCUGAAUCCAUCACUUGUAUCAUUCAGGAAGGAAAUGUGGUAUGGAGUUCUACAGUUCCACGGUGUGAAGCACCAUGUGGAGGUCAUCUAACUGCAUCAAGUGGAAUCAUACUGCCACCAGGCUGGCCAGGUUAUUACAAGGAUUCCCUAAAUUGCGAAUGGGUGAUUGAAGCUAGACCUGGCCACUCAGUUAAAAUAACAUUUGAAAGAUUUCAGACUGAAGUCAAUUAUGAUUUAUUGGAGGUGAGAGAUGGCCCAGCAAAUUCUUCACCAUUAAUUGGACAAUAUCACGGAACACAAGCACCCCAAUUUAUUAUUAGCACAGGAAAUUACAUGUAUCUGUUAUUUACAACCGAUAAUAGUCGUUCAAGUGUGGGCUUUCUGAUUCGCUAUGAAAGUGUAACCCUGGAAUCAGAUUCAUGCCUUGACCCCGGAAUACCAGUAAAUGGUCAUCGACAAGGAAAAUAUUUUGGAAUUGGAUCCUCUGUAACUUUUACAUGUGACCCAGGAUACAUAUUGAGUGAUGAGGAGCCACUGGUUUGUGAAAGUAAUCAUCAAUGGAACCAUGCAUUGCCUAGCUGUGAUGCUUUGUGCGGUGGUUACAUUCAUGGAAGGACGGGGACUAUACUUUCACCAGGUUUCCCUGAUUUUUAUCCCAACUCUCUAAACUGCACUUGGACAAUUGAAGUCUCACAUGGAAAGGGAGUACAGCUGGUAUUUCACACAUUUCACCUUGAAAGCUCUCAUGAUUAUUUAUUGAUAACUGAAGAUGGAAGCUUUGUUCAUCCAGUUGCCAGAUUGACAGGUUCAGUCUUACCACCUACAAUAAAAGCUGGUCUUUUUGGAAAUUUUACUGCUCAGCUUCGAUUUGUAUCAGACUUUUCCAUUUCCUAUGAAGGCUUUAACAUUACAUUUUCAGAAUACAAUUUAGAGCCAUGUGAUGACCCAGGUGUUCCAGCUUACAGCAGAAGAAUAGGAUUUCACUUUGGUGUGGGUGACUCGCUAACGUUUUCCUGCUUUCCUGGAUAUCGUCUAGAAGGUGCGAAUAGGCUAACCUGCCUAGGAGGUGGCCGAAGAGUUUGGAGUGCACCUCUUCCAAGGUGUGUGGCUGAAUGUGGAGCUACGGUCACUGGAAAUGAAGGAACACUGCUUUCACCAAAUUUUCCUUUAAACUACGAUAACAACCAUGAAUGCAUUUAUAAAAUUGAGACUGAAGCAGGAAAAGGAAUAACUUUAAAAGCUACAACUUUUCAGUUAUACGAUGGAGACAUUCUUAAGGUGCAUGAUGGGAAAGACAGUUCUUCAAGGCUUCUUGGAGCAUUCACAAAAAAUGAGCUAUUAAAAGUAGUACUUAACAGUACUUCAAACCAUUUGUGGAUAGAAUUUAACACCAAUGGGUCUGAUACUGACUUGGGAUUUCAACUCACUUAUAGCAGUUUUGAUCUGGUCAAAUGUGAAGAUCCUGGAACACCAAACUAUGGGUACAAAAUCCGAGAUGAUGGUCACUAUGCAGAUACAUCUAUCUUGUAUAGCUGCAAUCCAGGAUACACAAUGCAUGGCAACAGUAUUUUGACCUGUCUAAGCGGAGACCGAAGAGUAUGGGAUAAGCCUCUUCCUACUUGUAAUGCUGAAUGCGGUGGAAGAAUAUAUGCUGUUGCAUCAGGACGCAUUUUAUCACCAGGUUAUCCAGCACCCUAUGAAAAUAAUUUUCACUGUACUUGGAUUCUAGAGGCAGACCCUGGUAAAACAAUUAGUCUACACUUUAUUGUAUUUGACACUGAAGUCUCACAUGAUAUCCUAAAGGUAUGGGAUGGACCUGUAGACAGCAAUGUUCUUCUAAAAGAAUGGAGUGGCUCUUCCCUCCCUGAGGACAUUCACAGCACAUUCAACUCACUGACAUUACAAUUUGAUAGUGAUUUUUUCAUCAGCAAGUCUGGGUUUUCCAUACAAUUUUCAACUUCUGUUGCAUCAACAUGUAAUGACCCUGGAAUACCUCAGAAUGGCUCCAGAUAUGGAGAUAGCAAGGAGCCUGGAGACACGAUAACUUUUCAGUGUGAUCCUGGAUAUCAGCUUCAAGGGGAAGACAGAAUCACAUGUGUACAACUAAAUAAUCGAUUUUUUUGGCAGCCAGAUCCACCAACUUGCAUAGCUGCAUGUGGUGGAAAUCUGACAGGCCCAGCGGGUGUUAUCUUAUCACCUAACUACCCUCAACCCUAUCCUCCAGGAAAAGAAUGUGACUGGAGAAUAAAAGUAAAUCCAGACUUUGUCAUUGCCCUGAUAUUCAAAAGCUUUAACAUGGAGCCAAGUUAUGACUUUCUGCAUAUAUAUGAGGGUGAAAGUUCCAACAGUCCAAUAAUUGGAAGUUAUCAAGGAUCUCAUGCCCCAGAACGAAUAGAGAGCAGUGGAAACAGUUUGUUCCUUGCAUUUCGCAGUGAUGCAUCUGUGGGGAUGUCUGGAUUCGCCAUAGAAUAUAAAGAAAAACCACGGGAAGCGUGUUUUGAUCCAGGGAACAUUAUGAACGGGUCUCGUAUAGGAACAGAUUUUAAGCUUGGAUCUACAAUAACUUAUCAGUGUGACCCAGGCUACAAAGUUAUUGAACCUGCAACAAUAACCUGUGUUAUUGGUUCAGAUGCCAAGCCUGCAUGGAAUAGGAUUUUACCAUCCUGUAAUGCCCCAUGUGGAGGCCAUUACACAGGAACCAAUGGAGUUGUUUUAUCACCAAAUUAUCCAAAUAAUUAUACGGCUGGACAGAUCUGUCAUUACUCUGUGACUGUUCCAAAAGAAUUUGUUGUAUUUGGACAAUUUGCAUUUUUUCAGACUGCAUUAAACGAUUUGGUUGAACUAUUUGAUGGUGCACAAACACAGGCCAGACUUCUCAGCUCCCUUUCAGGAAGUCAUUCGGGGGAGACAAUGCCAUUAGCCACAUCUAAUCACAUUCUACUGAGAUUUAGCACAACAAAUGGUACACCUGCCAGGGGAUUUCAUUUUGUUUACCAAGCUGUGCCACGCACAAGUGACACACAAUGCAGCUCAGUUCCUGAACCCAGAUAUGGUAGAAGGAUUGGCUCUGAAUUUUCAGCUAGCUCUGUGGUUCGAUUUGAAUGCAACCCUGGAUACCUGCUCCAAGGAUCUAAGGCAAUACGAUGUCAAACUGUACCAAAUGCUUUAGCACAAUGGAAUGAUACCGUACCAAUCUGCACAGUACCAUGUAGUGGAAACUUUACAGAGAGGAGAGGUACCAUAUUGUCACCUGGUUUUCCUGAACCAUAUGGUAAUAGCUUGAACUGUGUUUGGAAGAUUAUUGUGACUGAAGGAUCAGGCAUUCAGAUACAAGUUUUAAGUUUUGCAACGGAGCAUAAUUGGGAUUCACUUGAGAUAUAUGAUGGUUCUGAUAUGACGGCACCAAGACUUGGAAGUUUUUCUGGAACCACAGUUCCAGCUUUAUUGAACAGUACAUCUAAUCAACUUUACUUACACUUUCACUCUGACAUCAGUGUGGCUGCAGCUGGGUUCCAUCUGGAAUAUAAAACUGUUGGUCUCACUGCCUGUCCAGAACCAUUAGUGCCAAUGAAUGGUAUCAAAAUUGGAGAUCGAUACAUGGUUAAUGAUGUGGUUUCUUUCCAAUGUGAACCUGGGUACACAUUGCAGGGACACUCACAUAUUUCAUGUAUGCCUGGAACAGUCAGACGGUGGAAUUACCCUUCCCCACUUUGUAUUGCCAAAUGUGGUGAGACAUUAAUGACCAUGGCAGGAGUUAUCCUGAGUCCAGGAUUUCCAGGAAAUUAUCCAAGUAAUUUAGACUGUACCUGGAAGAUCAUGUUACCUGUUGGAUAUGGGGCUCAUAUUCAGUUUGAAAACUUUUCAACUGAAGCAAAUCAUGAUAUUCUUGAAAUUCAGAAUGGGCUUCAUCAUGCAAGUUCCAGUUCUCAGAUUGGACAAUUUAGUGGAGCUGACCUUCCAUCAUCCUUGCUCAGCACAACUCAUGAAGUACUUAUUCAUUUUUUUAGUGAUCACUCAGAAAAUCGUCAAGGCUUCAAAAUGUCAUAUCAAGCUUAUGAACUUCAAAACUGUCCAGAUCCCAAUCCUUUUAAGAAUGGGUAUAUCAUUAACACAGAUUACAGCGUGGGACAAUCAAUAUCUUUUGAAUGUUAUCCUGGAUAUGUUCUGAUUGGGCAAGCCGUCCUCACGUGUCAGCAUGGUAUCAAUAGAAACUGGAACUAUCCUUUUCCAAGAUGUGAAGCCCCUUGUGGAUAUAAUGUAUCAUCAGAAAAUGGUACAAUUUACUCUCCGGGAUUUCCAGAUGAAUAUCCGAAUUCAAAGGACUGCACAUGGUUUAUUUCUGUUCUGCAGGGUCACGGAGUUUAUAUUAACUUUACUUUACUCCAGACAGAACCAGUGAAUGAUUACAUUGCAGUAUGGGAUGGACCAGAUGAGAACUCACCACAACUUGGAGUUUUUAGUGGAAAUACUGCACUUGAAACAGCAUACAGCACAUCUCAUCAAGUUCUACUCAAGUUUCAUAGUGACUUUUCCACGGGUGGCUUUUUCGUCCUGAAUUUUCAUGCAUAUCCACUUAAAAAGUGCCAGCCUCCAGUAGCUGUGGCAGAGAGUGAUAUUAUUUCAGAUGAUGAUGAUUUUGAAAUAGGGGAUUUUGUGAAAUAUCAGUGCCACGCUGGAUUCACAUUGGUUGGAAAUGACAUUAUAACUUGUAAACUGGUCGAACAGUUACAAUUUGAAGGCACUCUACCAGUCUGUGAAGCACAAUGUCCGGCAAAUGAAAUUCGUUUAGAGUCAUCUGGAGUAAUUCUCAGUCCAGGAUACCCUGAAAACUACCCCAAUUCUCAAACCUGUUCUUGGACAAUAAAAGUUGAAGCAGGUUAUAAUGUAACUAUUUUUGUGGAUACAUUUCAAAGUGAAAAACAAUUUGAUGAACUUGAGAUAUUUGAAGGAACAUCUGGGCAAAACUCACCGUUUGUUGCUUUAAGUGGAAAUUUAACUGGGCAACAAAACUUUACAAGCAAAAGUAAUAAUGUUUAUCUACGGUGGUCAACAGAUCAUGCAACAAAUAAAAAAGGGUUCAAAAUCCGUUAUUCAGCUACUUAUUGUAGUUUAAAUUCUGAGAUAAAAAAUGGAGGAGUUCUGAACAAGACUGGACAUGAGCUUGGAUCCAGGGUUUACUACUUUUGUAAACCAGGAUAUACAAUGCUUGGUAAUGGCAACACCACAUGCAUAAGAAAGCCAAAUGGAAUGUACGAAUGGGCAUCUCCAAUUCCAAUAUGCAAAGCUGUAUCUUGCGGGAUAGCCCCGUCUCCUGGAAAUGGUUCUGUUUCUGGAAAUGAAUUUACUUUAGGAAGCAAAGUGAUAUAUGACUGCAAUGAGGGCUACAGAUUACAGUCAAGUCAGCAAUCAACAGCAGUGUGCCAAGAAGAUGGAUCAUGGAGCAAUGUUGGGAAACCACCUGUUUGUCUGCCUAUUACCUGCCCAAGCAUGGAUUCUCUGCUUUCAGAACAUGUCAACUGGAGGCUGGUUUCAGGAUCAUUAAAUGAAUAUGGAUCUCAAGUCCUGCUGAGUUGCAGUCCUGGUUAUUAUCUCAGUGGAGUUAGACUUCUGCAGUGUAGAGCUAAUGGAACGUGGAGUGGAGUAGAUGUCAAACCAGCUUGUAAGGUCAUUUCAUGCGGUGCUCUACCAACUCCACCAAAUGGAAACAAGAUUGGAACUUUGAAUGUCUAUGGAGCUACCACCAUUUUCACAUGUAACUCUGGCUAUACUCUUGUUGGUUCACAUGUAAGAGAGUGUUUAUCUAAUGGGCUCUGGAGCGGUACUGAUACCCGAUGUCUAGCUGGCCACUGUGAUUCACCAGAUCCAAUAGUAAAUGGACACAUAAGUGGUGAUGGUUUUAGUUACCGUGAUACUGUAGUAUAUCAGUGCAACCCUGGAUUCAGACUGGUUGGUACAUCAGUAAGAAUAUGCCUUCAAGAUCAUAAAUGGUCUGGACAAAUUCCAGUUUGUGUUUCAAUUACAUGUGGUCAUCCAGGAAAUCCACCACAUGGCCUAACCAAUGGAAGUGAAUUUAAUUUAAAUGACAUUGUAAACUUCACGUGCAAUACAGGCUAUGUACUAUAUGGAGCAUUCCAAGCACAAUGUCGCAGCAAUGGUUUGUGGAGCAGUUUACUUCCUAGUUGUCGAGUUGUAAAUUGUUCUGAUCCUGGGUUUAUUGAAAAUGCAAUUCGUCAUGGACAGCAAAAUUACCCUGAAAAUUUUAAAUAUGGAAUUAGCGUGACUUAUCACUGUAAAAAAGGGUACUACCUUUUGGGAUCAUCCGUUUUAAAUUGCAAAGCAAAUGGUUUAUGGGACAGGUCUUUACCCAAGUGCUUGCCUAUAUCUUGUGGACAUCCUGGAGUUCCUGCUAAUGCUAUACUUAUUGGAGAUAAAUUUACAUAUGGCUCAAAAGUUCACUAUACAUGCACAGGAAUGUAUACUCUCAUUGGAAAUUCAACAAGAGUAUGCCAAGAGGAAAAUCGAUGGAGUGCAACACCCCCUCACUGCACAGGAAACAAUCCAGGCAUUUGUGAUGAUCCAGGGAUACCAGCACAUGGCUCCAGACUUGGAAGUGAUUUUAAGUUAAAAAGCUUGCUUCGAUUUUCAUGUGAAGUUGGAUACAUGCUGAAGGGCUCUGUUGAAAGAACAUGUUUACUAAAUGGUUCAUGGUCUGGAAUACAACCAUCAUGUGAAGCGGUAUCCUGUGGAAAUCCUGGAACUCCAGCCAAUGGCAUGAUAAUUUACAGUGAUGGAAUACUUUUUUCUAAUUCUAUCAUCUAUGCCUGUUGGGAAGGUUACAGAACAUCAGGGUUAACUACUCGUCAUUGCACUGCCAAUGGAACCUGGACUGGCAACGCUCCAGAUUGCUCAGUGAUUACUUGUGAAGACCCAGGCCCAAUUGCAAAUGGUAUUCAGUUUGGGAAAGAUUUUACAUUCAACAACACAGUGAACUAUCGCUGCAAUCCAGGAUUUGUGAAGGAUCCACCCUCAGAAACCUCUUUGAAGUGUAACAAAGAUGGGACUUGGAACCAGACAAAACCCACAUGUAAAGCCAUACAUUGCGGUCAGCCUCCUCAUGUUACGCAUGGAAAACUUGAAGGAUCGGACUUUAGUUGGGGAUCCAGUAUUAGUUAUACAUGUGUAGAAGGAUAUCAGCUUUCAAGCCCAUCUGUACUGGCCUGUGAAGGAAAAGGAGUAUGGAGGGGCGAAGUUCCUCAGUGUCUCCCGGUAUUUUGUGGUGAUCCUGGUACACCAUUUGAGGGACAUCUUAAUGGAAAAAGCUUUACUUUUAAAUCUGAGGUUUCAUACCAGUGCAGACCACCUUUUGUUUUGGUUGGAUCCUCAAGACGAAUUUGUCAGUCUGAUAGUACCUGGAGUGGAAUUCAACCUAAUUGUAUUGAUCCAGCUCACAACACCUGCACAGACCCUGGUACUCCACAUUAUGGGAUGCAAAACAGUUCAAAGGGUUAUCAGAUUGGAAGUACCGUGUUCUUUAGAUGUCGGAAAGGCUACCAUAUUCAAGGUUCAACUACACGUAAUUGUCUUGCUAAUUUAACAUGGAGUGGAAUUCAACCAGAAUGCAUUCCUCAUGCAUGCAGGCAGCCAGAAACACCUGCUCACACAGACGUGAGAGCGAUAGAUCUACCUACCUUAGGAUAUACUUUAAUUUACAUCUGCCAGCAUGGAUAUUUUCUUGCCGGCGGAUCAGAGCACAGAACUUGUAAAAGUGAUAUGAAAUGGACAGGAAAACCACCCAUUUGUAAAAGCAAAGGACUCAGGGAAAUUAAUGCAACAGCCACAAAAACUCCAGUUCCCUCAGAUGUGUUUUUCAUCAAUUCUGUAUGGAAAGGAUUUUAUGAGCAUCUUGGGAGGCAACAUUCAGCAACCUUAACAGUAGACUGGUUCAAUAACACAAAUAGCAAAGUAAAUGGAACAUUAUUGGAUGCUCACAACAGUGAGCUAAAGUUAUCAGGAGUUUACAAGAAAGAAGAAGCCCAUUUACUCCUGAAGGUUUUUCAAGUUAAAGGACCAUCAGAUGUUUUUGUAAAAAAGAUUGAAAAAGAAUCAUUUGCAUUAGAUGGUUAUGUAUCAUCUGGAAGAGAAAAGGGUGUUUUUAAUUACCAAGGAGAUGUACAGUAUAAGGAUUUUGGCAAAUUUAUAUUUCAGAGACAAAAUUCUCAAAAUGUUAACGAUUCUUCCAAUAACUACUAUGGCACAAACAGCAGUUCUGUAGCUGCUGCAAUCUUGGUUCCUUUUUUUGCCCUAAUUCUAUCAGGGUUUGCCUUUUACCUUUAUAAACACAGAGCACGACCCAAAGUACAAUACAAUGGAUAUGCUGGUCAUGAAAACAGCAACGGACAAGCGUCAUUCGAAAACCCUAUGUACGAUACAAACUUAAAACCCACAGAAGCAAAAGCUGUUAGAUUUGACACAACCCUAAACACAGUCUGUACAGUUGUAUAGCCUUUGGUGCCCAAUAAGACUGAUUCAUAGCCAUACCUCUAUUGGACAAACAGAAACCCCAUUGGUGCCCUAAACCAAUAUCUACUAUUCUUGCUUUGCUGCUGAAAUCUUUAUCACUAUCUAACAGCAAACAAUACAUGCAUCUAAAACCAUGGGUUCAAAUGAAUUAAGUCUUCUGAAGAUAAAAUGAAGAAUGUCCCUUCAUUUAAACUGGGACUAAAAUGCCUGGCUGAAACUGCUUACCACUAGGAGCACUUCAGGAAGACUGCCAAGUCACGCCACUACGACAUUUUUAUGCCUCAUACGAUAUGAAUUGUAUGUGGUUGGAUGCCUUUCAUUGCAAUAUUUUGGGCACUUGGAUAAAUCCUCUGGGUACUGUGAUAAAUGAUAGCACCACAGUAUGUAUUUUUUAUACAUCCAAUGAACAUGAAUGUUCAGAAGAAAUAAAAAACUGGCGUUUGAAGGCGAGGACAACCAUACUUGUGGUUGCUUACACAUUAAAAUGCUUUACCAUGAAAUUGAUGAAACUCUGUGACAACUAAAGCAAGCAGAUAUUUCAGACACUAUUUGUGCACUGGGUGGUUUGCUAAUUUACUCAUUCAGCUGAUGUUGCAAAAUAUUACUGCACAAUUUUUUUGCACUAGUGUGUUUGGAAUGACUGAGUACCAUACCAUCAAAAUACAGGGUUUAGAAAACAAUGUGUAAUGUUCAAAUAAUGUCCAUUUUCAUGUUCCAUACAUUCCAAGACAUAUUAGAUUUAAAUAGAGAUUCUAACAAUUCACAAUCUUUUGACAUAAAGAAAAUGGCUUGGUUAAUUUCUUGCUUACAAUACCAUGUUCACCAAGUAACA